UAAGCAGCAAAACCUUUGAAUGGAUAUUCUGCUGUAUCUGAAAUUCAAAGCUUACUUGCUAGUUUCUCUGCUAGAAAUUGUACUUGGCACUUUUAGUUAUGCCAUACCAAGUGCUGGGGCUGAGAAGCUGUGAUGGUUUCUAGCUGGUCCCCCCUCCCUGGUGGCAGUUGUGCAGGCGCAGAGUCCUCCGGUUCCAGUGUGUACUUCCUGCUCCCCUCUGCCCUGUGACGCUAGCGUGUCUGUGCCACACUUGUGCAGAAGAGAGGUCGUGCUCCAGAGAUUUUAAUGAGGGUUAUAAAGUUCUGGUGGAGAUGGACCUUGUUAUUCUCAAAAUGCCAUGUUGCCUCAGAAGAGGGGACGAAUACCUUCCAGAAUAGCCAUGAGCUGUUAUUGGAAAGUCCUGGCAAUUUUCUCACUAUCUCUUCCAAGUGCACUGUCUUUCCAGCCAGCCCAGCCCAGAGUGUUACUAGUAUCUUUCGAUGGAUUUCGAUGGGAUUACAUUUAUAAAGUCUCAACUCCCAAUUUUCAUGAUGCCAUGGAGAAUGGUGUGCAUGUGAAACAGGUCACUAAUGUGUUUGUAACAAAAACCUAUCCUAAUCAUUAUACAAUGGUGACUGGCCUCUAUGCAGAAAGCCACGGUAUAGUUGCUAAUGAGAUGCAUGAUCCUAUUCUGAAUGAAACUUUCUCUCUGAACAAAAUGGAUGUCUAUAACUCCAAGUUCUGGGAAGAAGCCAGCCCAAUAUGGGUAACGAACCAGAGGGAAGGACAUAAAACCGGUGCAGCUAUGUGGCCUGGAACAGAUGUGAAAAUACAUGGAGUCUUUCCUACAUAUUUUAUGCCCUACAAUGAAUCUGUUUCCUUUGAAGAUAGAGUUGCAAGGCUUAUUCACUGGUUUACAUCAGAAGAACCCAUAAACUUUGGUCUCCUAUAUUGGGAACAGCCUGAUGAGAUGGGCCAUAUUCUGGGCCCAGAAAACCCACUAAUGGGACCAAUAAUUAGUGAUAUUGACAAAAAGCUGGGGUAUCUUAUGUCUGAACUGAAGAAGGCAAAGCUGUGGGAUGUGAUAAAUGUCAUAAUCACAAGUGAUCAUGGAAUGUCACAGUCUUCCUCGGAAAGGCUCAUUGAGCUUGAUCAGUACUUGAACAGAGAGCUCUAUAAAGUCAUUGACCAUUCUCCUGCAGUAGCUAUUUUGCCAAAAGAAGGCAAACUGGAUGAAGUAUAUGAAGCUUUGGCCAAUGCUCACCCCAACAUGACUGUGUAUAAAAAGGAGCAGAUUCCAGAUAGAUUACAUUACAAACACAACAGUAGAAUUCAGCCCAUCUUAGCAGUGGCUGAUAAAGGAUGGGAAAUCGUAUAUAAUAGAUCUGACAGUUUUCAAUUUGGUAAUCAUGGAUAUGACAACAUCUUACCAGAAAUGCAUCCGAUUUUUUUGGCAGUUGGGCCUGCUUUCAGAAAGAAUGUCACCAAAGAAGUCAUGAAUGCUACUGACUUGUACCCCUUAUUGUGCCACCUACUUGGUAUUAACCCACUGCCCAACAAUGGUUCAUUCAAUGCUGUGAAAGAUAUACUUGCUGAAGAAUUUCCUGUAGCCUUGGGAGGAGACACCUAUGCUACUGUUAUAGGAGUCUUUUUGGGUAGCUUUCUUGUUAUGGUUUUUACUGCAGUUUUUCUUAAGCAUUUUGUCCUUACCCAUGCAAAUACCAUGCAAAUGCAACAUACUGAAGCUGCCCAGCCACUUUUGCAAGAUUAAUAACAAGUAAUUAUUAAUAGUACCAAGCUACUAUUUCCCAUUUAAAAUAAGAUUAUACAAAAAAAAUUAAUAGAGAUGGAUCAGCAUAAAUAUUUGGAGUAAAAGGAAACAGAUGCUGAUCCGCUGGUACACUGAAGUACAUACAUGCUAGGUGUGCAGAGAAAGAGCAUGUUUCUGUUUCACACUACAACCCCUUAAUCUUUCAGGGGUUGAAAAUAACAUCAACUGAGGUACACUUCACAGACUAUUACACGGUAAUUUAAUUUUCCACACCCUCUUUUUUUCUCACUGAGAGGUUUUUUAAGUCUCUUAGAUUCUAACAACUUGCUGAAUGUGACUGGACUUCUUUAGGUUUUUUUCUUUCCUGCCCAAAGAAUCUUUUGCAUAGAUUACCAUUACAGAUAGCCUGGUGGAUUAAAUCCUGGGGAAGACAACAUUAUUAUUAAGCUAGGCCAUGCAGUGCUAAGUGUCUGAGUUUAGAGUUAGGCAUAUUUAUUUAAAGUAUUAUGUCAAUUGUAGCCCCAAAAUAUUAAUCUAACUAGUAGUGACUUUAGGAAUCAGCAUUAAACUACUUGGGGCUUUUUAAAAUUAUUUAGGUAAAUAUAGGUCUUUAUGAUUUUAGGUAAAUGUAGGUCUUUUUCUGUUGUUUCCUGUACACUGGAAAUUUUCUAGUAAUUCCAUGCAGCUGGCAGUUUAAAGACACAUACAAGCACAACACCUGUAUAUCCAAAUGGAGUCUCUCAUAUUUCUGUGAUAAAAGGGUUCUUUCAGAAUAAGACAGAUCAAUCAGCUAAGAAACAUGCAUUUACAAGCUGGUUUCAGAGUGCUGUCAAGCUUGUCACUGGGUGUAACAUCUGAUCCAUUACUGGAGACUCUUCUCUAGCGUGAGUUUGGCUUGCUGGCUUGUGUUCUGUCUGAUAUGUCUGGGUGGACCUUAGAAUUUGAUGAGUAGGAUUAGACAUGCAAUUUAAGGAACAGCCAGAUAAAUCUUAAGCCAUAUAUACACUUAAAUCUGAAAAAGCACACUUGAAUAUGAGAAAAGGUAUAAGUCUAGAGUUUGUUCUUCCAGAGGAAAGACUCUGUCAGGGAAAAUUAUUAAUUUUGAGUCAAUAAAACUAUAUAUUACUUUGAUUCUUUUGUGUGGGGCAAUAAAUCUUACUAUUACUGUAGUUAUGGUUUUUUUGAUGAGCUCACUUAAAUGGUAGGGGAGCAGCUUCUCACUGAGGUUUGUAUGAAAAAUGUGGUGUGACAUGAGAAAAGUUGUCUCAUUGUCAGACUUGCUUAAAAACUGAUUUUGUUUUUCCCCUCCCUGUGUGAGUUAGUGUUUCUCUGCACUUUGCUUCUGAGUACAAUGCCUGAAGGAGAAAGAAACUCUUUUAAAAUUCAAAUGAAUAGUCUGAUAUUUCUCUUAAGUGCAAUUUAUUGCUUUAUCCACAGCACCCAACAGAGGGCAAAGAUGGUAACGUCUUGGCCUUGGAUGUGCUCUGUCAAACUAAUGGUGUGACUAACGGUGUAACCCUGAAGUUGGGAGGGCUGCGGGCAGACCCUGCAAGGAGCUGCACAAGCUGACUAACUGAAGUACAAAACUCAUUUUGCUGAACUUAAUUUCAGACUUAAUGAAUGAUAUCAUGACGAGUUCAGAAGUGAGCUUACUACUCGCUGCCUCGGUGAUGACUCUGCAGUGCCAUGUUACAAACUGGUGCUCGCUGGUCAGAGGUAAUCCGUUAGGUAAUCCGUUAGGCUCCUCGUGGUGGCAGGGACACUUGUUUAGCAUUAAGAUGUCUUACAAACAGAUGUGGGAAGUUUCCAGAGACCACAGCUAGGUGCUGUGAAUGCUUGAGAGGGAAGGCAAUAAAAUAGCCCAAUUUAAAAUAUAUACUGAAAGUCUAGAUGUAAUAAUAGCUUUAGGCAGGCAGGAAACUAGCAGAUCUGUUGGGGGACAGCCCCUUAAUUUGGGGGAUAUGUAUGAAGUCGUGUUACUUAAUCUGAUUCAUUUUUGCCUUUCUGUUGUUACUGUUCUGUGUACCGCCUUGUCCUCCACUGCUGUUUUCUUAAGAAAAAUUGAAGGAAGACAUCUGGGUUAGGUGUGCCUGACACUGUAAAGCUGAUUCUUAGUGGAGCUGACCAUUAGGUAUGUCUUAAUUUUCAUUUGCUGAUGCCAGCUAAAACUGAUCCUACAGGGAUCCUUUUCAAGCUGAAAGAUGAAAGCAGCAAAGAUGUUCACAGUAGUUUCUAGAGAGGCUGGGGAAGUCCAAAUAGAAAACCUAAACCUCUACAUGGUUACUAAUCACUUCCCUAGCUGCCUUCCAGAAGGCAGAUGUCAGGUAGCAAAUUGAUACAUAGAGUCCCCCUUUUCUUGCUUAUUUGCAACUUAAAACCAAAUUGUAGCACAAAUGUAGUGUGUUUAAAGAGAGAUCUACAGUGAAAGAUCUCAAGGGAAUAACAGUGAAAAUUGGAGAUGCUAUAAUGCUCACCUGUAGCUACUUCAGUUACGUACUUUCUCACUUUAGAACAUGCUGCUGUAAUAGAAAUUAUUCCAACUGCAGUAAUUUCAUAGUAGUGUUUAUGGCAGAUGUAAAAAUAACUGGAUUAUAAUCUCAGAGGUGUUCAUUAAACUCCCACUUUUUAAAUUGUGACAGUUCUAUCAUCAGCCAAAGUGACCUUUGAUUUUAAGGAGGGGGCAGAGCUGGUCAGGGUUGUUCAGUCACCCUGGGAUUUAGGCUUACCUGCCCAGACAUGCAACAAGGGAAGAGCAGGAGGUUUCCCCUAACAAAGGGUUUAAGAACAGUAAUGUUCAAAAUAGAUUUGGAACACCAGCAUGAUGUUAUUGUUCUGCAUUGCACUGUAAGGCCCUUCUUUGAGGAGGGUAAAAUGAAACUUUGUAGAAAACUGAAGGGAAUCUUUCAGCGUAGGUUUAAACAUGUUUCCUUUAUUGCCUAGGUGUAUUUACAGGUACCUCUUGGGCAGCUACCUUGUUAGGAUAUUUGCUGAGCCAGUGCUAAACGUUGUUUUCAGUUGUUGGGUGUAUACUUAAUGAACCUGAAAGCACAUAUGAUGCCACUGGAGAAAGACAUCAACUUUUUCUCUGAAGUGAUGUGAGAUUUUUUUUUUUUUUUCAGACUACUUUUUUGGUUGGGGAGGAUGUGGUAUUGGUUUCUGUGUAUAUGAUACUUUUUAUGAUGUACAAACAAGUUUAAGGACAGUGGAUUUGAGUUACUGUGUAGUAUUUGUAACUUAAGCUUGGAAACUGAGAAGCUUGCUUGAUUUUGUCUUUCAUUGUUGACCUGUGAAUCACACUUUAAGAUGUCAAAUGUUUUGUUUCUUCCUGUUUGGAAAUGUUGAAGUUGAAAUAUAUCUUUGCUAU